AUGGCGGCAAGUCAAAUGUUCCCAAAGUGGCUGAUCAACUGCAAAGAUGAUGUCACUAAGUCGAAAGAAUGGAAUUCUUAUGUUCAUGAACUACAUGAAGCCAUACAACAACAGCUUGCAGAGAGCCAUGUCCAGUAUUUUACAGAUCUCUCAGAAGCUGAAAAAGAACUCUUCAUGCAGCGAGCGGCCAAAGCUUUAGAGAAAGGUUCCUCUUCGAAAUAUCUGCUGAAUAAAGUCUCUGCUCUGAUGGACAUUCACCUAAAUGAGCAAGUCAGCAAGCAACUACUUGAUGAUUAUCCCUCCAAUACACGAUCUGAUUUGGUGAUUGAGGCAGCGGAGGAAGGAGCCAUGAGUUUGUUAAAACGUUGGCCAGAUAUGAAGUGCAAACUUCACAUUCUCUUCAAUCAGCCUUUACCAGAGCCAAUCAGGCAACUUGCUUGGCAUCUCUACCUUAGUAACCCACAGAUCAGAAAAACAUAUGUUGAAUUGCUGAAUGAAAAUCCCAGGGCAGCCAUUUCCUCACAGGAUUUGGACAUCUCUCAGAAGGUUGAGCAGAUGGUAUUGGCAGAACCAACCUUCAGAGACCUCAAGGGGUCUGUAGGACAUUUUUACGCAAUGAAAGCCACCUUGUCCUACCAUCAUAGCAGACAACAGACAAGCAGCAGACUCAGAGAUAUUGAUUAUUUCCUGGUGGUCCCAUUUGUGAUUGUUGCUGAUGGUAGCAUAUCAAGACGAGAGCCAGUCUCAGCCAAAGUGGUUGCCCUGCUGGUGGAGGAAUACCUGACGUACAUGAGCACAAGGCCAGGAUUUGUUGUUGAUUCAGGAUCUGAGGCACACAAUGAAGAACUGAAAGGGUUUUUGAUCAAAGUGGCUGCAAUUCUGGACAAACAUUAUCCUCAAAUGAAUGCUUUGAUUUCCAAAUCCUUUGUUCCAGGGAGAGAAAAAAUUGUGGCAACAGAAAAAGGUUCAAGGGCCUUGCUGUUGGAAGGUCUGAAAGAGUUAAUUCGACCAAUGACACGAACAAUGCUAAUUGGUUACUUAAACUUUGAAACCCUGAAGUAUGUCUGGGAUCAGUACAUUAUAGGCCUAGAUGUCCCAGGGUUCAGCACUGAGUGGCUGGCAGUUGUUAUAGCAACUCUUCUUGGCUUGGAGUAUGAGAAGCUGAAGGAAUGCCAGUCGCCCCUGGCCAUGGAAGCCGUGCUGAACAGAGAAAGUCCACAUCUAACAGUUCAGCAGUUCCAGCACCAGAUCAAGCGCUACCAUUACCGCGACCUCUUUGCCAUGCUGACCUCUGACCAGAAAGCUGCCAUGCCUGUGCUAGACCCAACACAGUCUCUCCAUCCCCCUUGGAGACAUUGGCAUAAUGAUCAGGUGCCCCCAUACACAAAGCCACAGGAUAGAAGGAAAGCCAGAGAAGAGAGAGAGGCAGAACGAGAAAGGCUGCAGCAACAACAGAGAGAUGCAGAGAGGCAAAGAAAAGAAGAGGAAAUGAGAGAAAAGAAGGCUGCUGAGGGAGCGAUGAUGAAAACAGCUGCUGCAGAACGUGCCAGGCUGGACAGAGAAAGAAAUGAACUAGAAGAGCAGCUGCAAGAGGAGCGUAGAAAACGACAGGAAGCAGAAAUGAGAGCUCAGGAAGAAAUUGCACUUCUCCGCAGGGAACUUGAUGUCCUCAGAAAACCUGUAAGUGAAUGUAGGUCAGCUGAGAAAUCACCUACUGUUUCUGUAUACAGCACAUCAACUUACAUGAGUCGAUCUAUAAUCCCCCCACCACCAACACCUGCUUCUGAUUUCUCAAGAAUGGCACCCAUUCCUGAGUCACCAACCCACACACCUGCACCCUCCCUGAAUCCACAGGCUCAGGCUGAAGAAGUUAUACUGGAUUUCCUCACCAAAAUACGAAAGAGCAUUGACACAAUUGCCCAUGGAGAAGGGGCAGAAGCUGAACAUCUGGAUGUGGAGACUAACAAGUAUAUCUACAACAAUGUUCAGGAUGUCAAGAGAGCACAGUUGGAAGUGUUUGGCCACCGAUUACAACCUGCAGAAUUUGAAAGGAUGGAUGCUCAGCGACAAAAAGCAACUUGUGACCAGAUGAUGAUGCUUAUACAGAAAUGGAGGGAUGACAGACGAGCAAGAGAGCUGCGUCAGUUGAAGUAA